UUCCUCUGCUCUGAGUCACUGGACCGGAAGGGUCCUCGAACAAAACUGUCCGGUUGGCUUUUCGAGGCCCCUGGGAGGGUCGUUCCGGCUAGAAGGAACCGAAGUAAGAAAAACCCAAGGCAGCAGCGGCAGUAUCAGAAACAUCAUGAAGAAGGAGCAGGUGCUCCACUGUCAGUUCUCCGCUUGGUAUCCGCUCUUCAGGAGCCUCACUAUCAAGAGUGUCAUUCUUCCACUGCCUCAGAAUGUGAAGGAUUAUUUACUUGAUGAUGGAACUCUGGUGGUCUCAGGAAGGGAAGAUCCACCAACCUGUUCUCAGCCAGACAGUGACAAUGAGGGAGAAGAAAUACAGUGGUCGGAUGAUGAGAAUACAACAACACUUACGGCACCAGAGUUUCCUGAAUUUGCAAUUAAAGUUCAAGAAGCCAUCAAUUCCCUGGGGGGUAGUGUAUUUCCUAAACUUAACUGGAGUGCACCAAGGGACGCUUACUGGAUAGCGAUGAAUAGUUCUCUGAAGUGUAAAACACUCAGUGACAUCUUUCUACUUUUCAAGAGUUCUGACUUCAUUACUCAUGACUUUACUCAACCGUUUGUUCACUGUACUGAUGAUUCCCCAGACCCUUGUAUGGAAUAUGAGCUUGUUCUUCGAAAAUGGUGCGAAUUAAUUCCUGGGGCAGAAUUCAGAUGUUUUGUCAAGGAAAAUAAGCUUAUUGGUAUAUCCCAGAGGGACUAUACACAGUAUUAUGAUCACAUUUCUAAACAAAAUGAAGAGAUCUGUAGAUCCAUACAGGAUUUUUUCAAGAAACACAUACAAUAUAAAUUCUUAGAUGAAGACUUUGUAUUUGAUGUAUACCGAGAUAGUAUGGGCAAAGUGUGGCUAAUUGAUUUUAAUCCAUUUGGUGAAGUAACAGACUCACUACUGUUCACAUGGGAAGAACUAAUAUCUGGAAAAAACUUAAAAGGUGAACAUAAUGAAUUAGAAGCUCUGGAACAGGAUUCUCCAGCCUUUCGUUGCACAAACAGUGAAGUUACGGUACAACCAAGUCCCUACCUGAGUUACCGACUACCUAAAGAUUUUGUAGAUCUCUCCACUGGUGAAGAUGCUCAUAAACUAAUAGACUUUCUAAAACUGAAAAGAAAUCAACAAGAAGACGACUGAUAAGAGCCAGAGAGUUAAAGGCUUAAGUAAAGAAGAAAGCAUGUAGGCUUCUUCAGUAGGCUGCUUGUAGGCCAGACCCUCCUACUUACCAACCUGAAGAAAAACAAAUCAAUUGCUUUUUAUAUUCAUGUAUAUUCAGCUAGAAAAAAAUGGAGAGACUUUGUUACCAUGUAAAAAUUGCAUAAUAA